CUUUUUAUCAUCAUCCCAAAAUUGUCGCCAACAUAAACAGUUUCACAUUUCUUAUUUUAGAGUAGCUUCUCCCCGAUUUUCCCUCCACACUUUUUAUAACAACCAACCUCACAAUUUUUGUUCUAUCCAUUUUAUCUUUUCUUAAUUUUUUCUCCCUUUAAUAAAGCACUCAAUUUGAGGAAAUAUUCUGCUUUAUCUAGUUCAUAAAAGUUAUCAAUCUCUUUUUUAGUUUGUUGUGAUACCAUGUUCUAAAUCUCCAUAUCUGUCACAGCUGAAUGCAUGCCUCUUCCCAAUUACACUUCCAGUGGACAAUCUGAUGAUGUUGGCCCUCAGAAAUAUAACCUGCUGAUUUCAACCAGGAGAGAAUAUAUUAUUCAAACUGAAAGUUGCCUCUACAAGAAUCAGGCCAUGGACGAACAAGGGAAUGGUAGAGUGAGUAUUAUCUUACAAAUAGUAAGGUUGAAAGAACUUGUCCGAAAAUGGCACAACGCAACUGUCAAAUCAGCACAGUCUAACUCUAACUCUAACCAACAUGGUCAUUCUCAUUCUCAACCGGGUGGAAUCGCACCUGAAGUAUGUAAGCGGUUAAAAAAGUCAGCUGUUGGAUUUGAUUCAGAUGAGGACGGGUGCCAAAGCCCUGAACCACCUCCUGAUGUUCCCAAGGGAUAUCUAGCCGUUUAUGUGGGGCCCGUGCUCCGGAGGAGGUUCAUCAUCCCCACUUCUUACCUUACCCAUCAUCUUUUCAAGGUACUCCUUGAAAAGGCAGAGGAAGAGUUUGGGUAUGAGCAUGGUGGUGGUGGCAUUACCAUUCCUUGUGACAUUGAGAUCUUUAAGUAUCUUAUAAAGUGCAUCGAAAGUGAGAACAUAAACGAGAGAGAACGUCCCACCGAAGCAGUGGAUGAAUCUGCAAAAUGAAGACUAAGCAUCAAUGCAUGUUCUUUGUAAAGAGUUUGAAGCAUAGGUUGUUUAACCCCCUAGUCGGCCUAGUGUAAAGGAAGUUUUUUUUUUCUUAUUGUACGCGGCAUUUUCUUUUUCUUGUUUUCAUUACGUAUGGUAGUUAAUUAAUUAGAGUUGGAUCAUCGUUGUUCCCCUCUUAUUUUCCGGGGUUGAGGGAGGAUUAUGAACUAUUUGAUUAUGUUUUCUUGCUUUAGUAUUUUGGGAGACAAUUGAGAGUAUUCAAAUGUACUUGCCACAUCUUUUAUCCGGGCAUGAAAGCAUAUAUCUCGUUUCCAUUACAAAGAAUUGGUUUUUAUGUGUAUGUAAAUUCGUUUGAUAUUUGUUUCGAGUGAUACACUUGUAAGUGUUGUAACUAUGAGUUUCUAAAGAUAAUAUAGGAUUAAUUUUGGUUUGA